CAACAUCUAUAACUAAAUUAAUAUAAGCACAAAAUCAAAAGCUAAUUUAAUUAAUUAACCCGUUGUUAAUUUAUAAUCAAGAUAUCGAUGGAGAAAAGUGAAGCGACGACCAUUGAAAUUGGGGAAACAAGCAGAGAAAGUAAAGGGAAAACCCCACUUCUCGCGGAAGUUGAGCAAACUGCACGAACCGCUGGAUCGUACAGAAGAGGGGUCGCCAUUUUCGACCUCAUCCUACGUGUCAGUGCCGCCACGUCAGCUUUAGCCGCCACCAUCACCAUGGGCACCACCGAGCAGACUCUCCCCUUCUUCACACAGUUCUUCCAGUUCCAAGCCAGCUACGAUGAUCUCCCUGCUUUCACGUCAGUCCUCAUCUUCUCUAUAUUUACAAUAGAACUUCGAUAAAUUAAUAACCUCGCUUA